AUGUCUCGUCCCGAACUCUUACCACCGGUACACUACACCACAGCCGAUUUACUUUCAGGUAAAGCAGCCUUCCAAAUUUUUCAGAAUUUUCGCUUUGGCGCUAAAAGUCAAAAUUUGCUCAUUAAAAUUUUCACCCUUGACACCCCACGAAAAAAAUCCUGGCUACGUGUCUGCUUUAUAAAAAAUUUAAAAAGACAACCUCGAAAAAGGUUCCUACAUUCCUCCCUCAAAUCUUGUCUCGAUAUCUCUAAAAUUUCGAUAAUCCAGAUUUCUCUCCUAUCCUUCCCUUUUAUAUCAAAAACUCUUUCAAUUAUUUAG